UUUUUCCCUCUACGCAUAUUCAUUUUAGCGUAGCGUUUUUGCUCUGUCUUUGCUCUCAGUUGCUCUCAGUCAAUAUUGUGGAAUUUACGAGAUAGCAUGGAAGCGCUACGGUUUACAGGGAGUACCAAAAAACUGGAAUACGUUCAAAUACCGGUACCCAAAAUCAGCGAACCCAACCAGGUUUUGAUAAAAGUGGCAUUUUCUGGAGUGUGUGGCACAGAUCUGCAUAUCAUUAGCGGUGACUUUCCAUGCUCCCAAGACACAUUUACCUUAGGACAUGAGUUUUCUGGAACUGUUGUUGAAGUGGGAUCUGCAGUACAGAAUGUUAAAAAAGGAGACAGAGUAGUUGUAGAUCCAAAUGAUGGAUGUAGAUGUUGCGAUUUCUGCCACUCAGGUAACCCUCAUUUUUGUAAAAUAGGAGGACAGACUAACCUAGGUGUUCACAGAAAUGGAGGUUGGGGUACUUAUGCCUUAGUACCAACUAAUUUAGUACAAAAAUUGCCAGAAAAUAUAUCCCUAGAACAAGGUGCUUUGGCAGAACCAAUUUCAUGUCUUUCACACGGUUGGGAUCUAUUAUCUCCUGUUCCAGUCGGUUCCAGAAUUUUAGUAAUAGGAGCAGGAAUCAUCGGUAGUCUGUGGGCUUGUAUACUACAUUUGCAGGGACAUAGAAGAGUUACUGUUUCAGAACCGAAUACAAAUAGAUUAAACAUUUUAAAGAAAUUAGAUACUGGAUAUGAUCUGGUGACACCGAACACCCUAACUAAAAGUAGUGAAGACCCUAAUUAUAAAUUUGACAUCGUUGUUGAUUGCAGUGGUUACUGUCCCGCCAUAGAACAAGGACUAGGUUUAUUGGACAAGGGUGGUAAGCUUUGUUGUUUUGGUGUACCACCACCUGGUGCCAAGAUUAGUGUGGCCCCAUUCGACUUAUACGAUAAAGAAAUUACCAUAUUUGCGGUAAAAGUGAAUCCCUUCAGCUUCGUCAAAUCAAUUGGAUUCCUUACAUCCUUGGGAUCCAGAUAUUUGGAUUACGGGAGAUUGGGAAUUGAAGUCUUCGAUUUGAAGGACUAUCCGAAAGCAUUGGAGGCCCUUAAAUUGGGAAAAGUGGCUAAAGCAGUUUUUAGAUUAUAAGUUGAUAAGAAAAUAAAAUAUUUGAUACUAUUAUGUACUUGGUCAAUAUUUUCCUUAAUAAACGAGUUCAAAAAUAAAA